AUACCGGGGCAGAAAAGUUUGUUUGAGAUAAAAGUGAGGAAAUCGCUGGUUAAAUGAGCUGUUUCAGUGUUCCCUGCAAGGUUUGGGGAUAUUGUUUCCGUGUUAAAAAAAAAUCCUUCUAAAGAAGACCCUGGAACAAAAUUCUCCUCUGGUAGCUCCACUGACGGUACCAGUGAAAAGAAUCUUUUCUUGCAUUACAUGAACUCCAUAAUGUUUCUUAGAAGGAAGAAGUAGUAUCUGCACGUGGGAUUGGGAACUUCAAUAUUCCGAAUCCAUAUUUCACGUGCUUCAUAUGUUUCAAAUUGUACAUGGAACGCUCGAGCACUGGAGCAGGCUCCGCAGGGCAGUGGUCACAGCCCCAAGCCACUGGAGUUCUAGAAGUGUUUGUCAACCCUUUCAGACGGAGGGUUUGGAUUUUGCGUGGAGCCAAGGGUUGCACUGCGUGAUCCUUGCAGGUCCCUUCCAACUCAGGCUGUUCUGUGACUCUAUGACUAACAGGAUCACGGAGCUACGGGCACUUACGGGAGCACCUGAAUUUUAAGCUGCCUUACUUCUGGCUGUUGACGCUGCCAGCGAGCAGAAUGUAGCGUAUAAAAUGGCAUCGGAUCUGAGAUGCAUCUUUUAUGCUGCAAAUAUGUAAAUGUCCAGAUGCGGAUUGCUAUUUUCAAUGCUGUGUUUCAGUCUAAUUUUGCAAGGGAACUAAAAUACAUAACUGAAUUAGGAAUUUCGGAAGGCUGAAGGAUUGAUAUUGAGUAGAGAUGGGAAAAUACACUAACUGUGCAUAUCUCUUUGUUAAACUAUAAUGAAGAAAAUGAGUACUUCUGAGCAGCAGCACUAACGAGGCCCAUUCUUGUAAGGAUUUGUGACUGAGCCCUCCUUUAUUUUCUGAUGUCUGAUAAAGGGUAAUAUUUCUGUUUCAGCUUUUCUUUUGGAGAGGGAAUAAUGGCACCAUCAUUUUCCUGAAAUAUGUGGAAUUUUAGUAGCUUCAAGAACUCUAAACUUCUAUCAGAUCACCUAGAUCAACUCUUUCUUUUAGUGUUCAUUACUUCUUUUUAUAUUAAAAUCUCCUUUUAGUUAUGAACUGUAAUUCAGGGCUCUUAUAAAUCACUAACUGCUUCAUGUGAAAAUUCAUUUUCAGGUUAAUGGCAAUGCUGGUUUAGGAGCACAUCAUUAUAGCCUAAUGAACGAUGGAUUAACUGUUGUCCUUUCUCAUUUGUGAUAUUCAUUCUGUGGGACAGAUAGGGCAGAGUUUGGUGGUGUUCCCCCAGGAGAACAAUGCUGCUGGCACUGAGAGAGGAGCAGAGGAAGCGGCGCUGCAUGCCAUGAUGGCCAGUGGAGUAUUUUUUGCAGUAUUUUAGUAGACUGAGUAGUACUUGCCCACAAACUAGGAAGCAGAAAACUGAUGUAAAGCUGGCUUGCACUGCCAGCUGUUACACAGAAGGUUUAGAGGCAGACUUACCUGCCCGAAUAUUUAUUUUUGAGCCCAUAGCUGCCAGCGGACAUUUUACUCUAAUGAUAAAAAUUGCUUUUGGAGAAAAAUAAGCAAAACAAAGGAGAGAGUGAAAGAAGAAGGGAAAAGAACCUCCCCGUAGCAAGCUAGAAAGAGAAGCAAGAGUGUCCCCAGACACGUGACCUCCUGUCCAGCACAGCACACAUUGCUCCCUAGCACCUUUCCCAGGGAAGUGAGGUAGUUCUCACUGGGCUCCCCGCAGCCCCUGCUGAUUGCUGCUGCCCUUGAUGCUCUUGGUGCUGACCGUGCACGCUGUAACCAGGAGCACGUGUUGUGCACUGUUGGGUUGUUAAGCUUUGGACAUCUAUAUUGCUGGCUAAUGCUUAUUGAAUACUUGAAUGACUGUCACUUACUUAUCUUUUUUUCCCAAAGGCAACAACCAGGAGUUAGGAAAAGGAAUCAGUGUGUGAUUUCCACCCUGGUAACAACUGCCUGCCUUGGGAAGCCACCGAGACAGCCAUUCAGAUGGAGCACAAAGAGUAAGGAAAAGGAAGUGGAAGGAGCUGCUUUGUGCUAUGAAAAGAGACGCACUUCAGAACUUGUGGUACAGAUUUUCAAGGCUACUGACACGCUUCUGUAAAUUAGUUACUGCCCAGUUCCGGUUAGUGUCAUGUAUGUGAUCCCAUUAAAAUGGAUCUUUUUCUUUCUUCUCAUAUUUUCUGUCGUAACAAUGUGGUACAUUGCUUUUUUUUCAAACUCUGUGGUUGAACGUGCAAACAGCAUGUAUUUCUAUGAGUACGAACCGGUUUACAAGCAACCCUACCUCUUCACAUCGCAACAACACUUGAAAUGCAAAGACAUAAAUCCAUUUCUGGUCAUCUUGGUGUCUUCGAGACCUAAGGACGUGAAGUCAAGGCAAGCCAUAAGGAUAACAUGGGGAUCUAAAAGCUCCUGGUGGGGACAUCGAGUUCUAACCCUGUUCUUACUAGGGCAGGAAAUGGAAACAGAAGACAAUUCUGCAGCACUCUCAGUAGAAGAUGAAAUCAUACUCUAUGGUGACAUAAUUCGCCAAGAUUUUAUGGACACUUACAACAAUCUUACCUUGAAAACAAUCAUGGCAUUCAGAUGGGUGGCUGAAUUCUGUUCUAACGCUAGAUUCAUCAUGAAGACGGAUACCGAUGUCUUCAUCAAUACUGGUAACUUAGUAAAGUUUCUUCUGAAGUUCAACUCCUCAGAAAGCUUUUUUACUGGUUAUCCUUUUUUACGUAACUUUGCCUUUAGAGGCUUUUACCAAAAAACAUACAUUUCUUACGAUGAGUAUCCAUUCAGGUUUUAUCCUCCAUACUGCAGUGGAAUGGGUUAUAUAUUGGAUGGAAAACUGGCGCUCAGGGUUUACGAACUGAUGGGUCAUAUCAAACCUAUAAAAUUUGAGGAUGUUUACGUUGGAAUUUGCUUAAAUAUACUUAAGGUGAACAUCAGCAUUCCAAAAGAUAAUCAACAAUUCUUUAUUAAUAAAAUUAAUUUUGAUAUCUGUAAGUAUAGACAGUUGAUUGCAGUACAUGGCAUUACGCCAGGUGAAAUGAUCAGGUUCUGGAAGGAUUUGUCAUCGGUCAGUUCAGUUACUUGCCUUUGAUUCUGUACUAACGUAUUUAUAAAUGUAAACUUGUAUCACUUAGAGCUUUGAAUUCCAGUGUAAAAAUGUUGAACUGAAAUAUGGGGCAACAUGGAAGAAAAACAGGUGUUGAGAUGACACUGAUGGAAAGACGGCUGUGCUGCAGCGGCAGAACUGCGAGGGCAGCAUUCCUCUGGGGUCCUCUGACAUUCCCAGUACCUUUAUGUAGGAAUUCACAGAGCACGUUUCCAUGUGCGUUUCCUAUGCAUGGAGGGAACUUUGGAAUGCGCAAUUCUGUCUUGCUUUGACCCUGCUCCGUGCACUCUGCUGUAACCAUGGGAUUUCUGCCCAAAUCUCCUGGAAUUCAUGAAGCGUCACUGAGGAAUAAUGUUUACGUCAAGAAAUGAGCUGGGAAGAUGCUUCUCAAACUACUGCCCAACUACAUUUCUUCUGAUCCUUUUGUGAACUGCAUAAACCUUUGCCACCCUCAAGUAUUUGUUCUCUGCACAGAACAAAACUUGGAGCUACCUUCUUAUUUAAAUGUAUUACCUCUGUCGUCCUCCUGGGAGCUCUACAUCCUCUCAUUUAAAUGCUGUGUUCUAAUGUAUGUAUAUUUAUACUCUGUGUUCAGAUGUAUGUAUCUUUAUAUACACGCCAAAUAGAAUUGCUUUGAUGUCUUGCAGGUAGAAAUGCUAAUGCUCACAGACCGUUAGAGAGCUAGAUGCAGAAGAGUUCACGUGCAGUUGAGGUACGAGACGUCUCUCAUGCAGUGGUAUUAUCAGAUAACGCUGCGGUGUGCGUGCUCCUGCACCCCGAGAGUUACUGUAGCUACACAGGGAAGAUUCAAAUGGAUGUGCUUAAAUUGUGACUUCAUACCCAUUUCAAAAACAGCUUUCUCGCUUAAAAUUUCAAAAUGAAAACAAGAAUGAAAUGCUAGGCUUCUUACGUCUUAAAGAAGACAAACGUGACUGUGUCUGUAAAGAUGGGUAUCUUAACCACUUUAUUCAUAUCAGCAAGGCCAAGGUUUCAGUAGUUUACACUUUUAAUUGACAGCAAUACAGAAUUUGCAAUUGCAGUAACAUAAUUAUCCGAGACACAUCUACUACACAGUGGAAUACUAUAGUUACAUCCUGUACAUCUAGCAUGACAGAGCACUGCCACUUUUUGUUCUAUAGCUAACGUGUUAUGGCAUAUUUACAUUUGGCUGUCUUUCAGAUAGUCUCUUAGAGACAAAUUAGAAGAGGUGCAGAAACCUCUAGUACCCAGACUGAGGUUUCACCAAUGCUUUUGUUACAUUGUGGUAAUGGUCAGUAUUGACUUCUUCUGUCUUUUCCGUAACUGUACAUGGUUUUAUGAUGGGAUUAUAGGACAUUACUUUUUAAAAUACAAAAAUGAUGUCUUGGAGAGAAUAUUGUCUAGACAAGUAUUUCAGAUUUCAGUGUUCUGUUUGCCAAGAAGGUCAAAGUUUUUCAAAAAUAGAUUUUGUUGUUGCCGUUGUUGAACUAAUAGCUAAAGAUACAGUACUGCACAACUGAGAAAAGAAUGCUAGCGUGGUCCUGAAUGAGAGGAAACUGCAGCUGUUCUUCUGGGAUUGGGAUCCAUUGGCUGAUUGUGGUCAGCUCCCAGGAGCUCGGUGAGAAAUGCUUAACUUGUUCAUUGAUUGUUUGUACAUGGGAAUAAAAAAAACCUUUCUUUCUUUGCUUUGAAGCCUGCCAUGUUACACGUUUAGAAAUAAACGAUUUCUCACAAGAACACC